UCUCUCUCUAUGUGUGACCACAAUGCCAGAGCAGAUGGGACAGCUGACAUCUCCUUAAAUACUUCUCCCUUUUAGCAAGAAAGAUUAGGCAGGCAGAUCUCAGCCAAGAGGAAGGGGAUGGCAAAGCUCAGCUCAGGCUACACUUCAAAGAAGAGCCUGAUCCUUUUGGCAUCACUCAUCUUCCUCCUGGGCAACAACACUGCAGGGAGAGUGGUGGUGAAGCUGCCUUGCAAUGGGAGAGCUGGGGGCUGCCUGAUGGAGGAUGGGGUGGAGGAGGUGGAGAUGAGCUCAGAGGAGACCAGGAGGUUACUGUGGAGUGUCACUGGGAAGAGGUACAUCAGCUAUGAGGCUCUCAGGAGGGAUGUGGUGCCAUGCAACAAACCUGGACUUCCCUACUACAGCUGCCAUGCUUCUCCAAGGGCAAAUCCCUACAACAGGGGCUGUCAAAUCAUCAGUGGCUGCAGAAGUGACAGCCCUUAAGGAAGAAGCUCCCUCCUGCUCAAUGCAUCCCAGGUUUGGAGCUCCAGGUUAGGGAAGUUGCCAAUCUUCCCAUCUCAAGACUUGUUAUCUGUGUAAUUUUUUGUGGUGUUACUGUAAACUAUUCUCACAGAACUAAAAUUACUAUUUAUCA